CCCGCUCACCAAGCUGUCAAACUCAGGCAAAGUAAAAUCAAUGUUUACGUUUGUGCAUUUUUCGUAAACAGUUUACUGUGUUUUUGCAAUGUUUUCGUAAAAAGUGGACCAAUUUUUGCUCGAAAAUUCAGUGCUUUCUUUGCCGCAAUGCUCAGCAACUGGCGCAGCUGGUGCCGGCUGUGCGCCAACGAGUGCGCCGUCUACAAGCUGGAAUCGCUGGACGAACUGAACGAAAUCACGAUGAGGCAUUUCCACUUUUCGCUGCAGGAGCUGGCGGACGUGUGCAACUGCAUCUGCGAGGAGUGCUACAACUUUGUCAACAAGCUGGAGCGGUUCAAGGAGCGCUGCCUGCAGACGAGCAAGAUGCUGCUGGAAUUUUGCGCCUCCUCCGCCAGCGAUGACGCCGAGCUGCUGGACAGUGACAUCCAGGAUUUGCGGUUCCGGUUUUUGAGCGAUUCCAUUUUGGCGGCCGUCGAGGAGGCGGACUCGCAGGACGUGAAGGGCUUCACGGUGAGCAGCGUGGUGGAGGGGGCGGUGGAUGGAGUGCAGGCGAGUAGUCUGGCUUCCGAUCAGGAGGGGGGUGUGGACGCCGGGGAACUUACCGAGCCGGAGCUGGUCCAGCUGAAGAUCGAGAAGGUGGCCAACAGGAAGAAGCGGAAAUCUUCGGAUCGGCUUGUUUCAAAUCUGGACGAAUCGGUCAAGGAGAGUGAUAGCGUCCUGACGAGGUUGACGGUGGACGAGUUUGGCGAGUUCAAGGUGGACGAUACGUUGAUGUCCAACGAGCCGGAAGGGUUUGACGCGUACGACAACGAUUACUUGGAUGAAGAAAAGCCAGAGCUGGGAAGCGAUCCCGACGAGGAAGAGUUGGACGAGGAGGAAGAGGAAGAGGAGGAGGAAGAAGAGGACGAGGAACAGGAAGAACCGAAACCGGCCGUGUCAAAGCCUCGUUCGAAGGCGCGUUCCAAACCGGACCAGCAGCAGCGCGUUCGCUGCGAAGAGUGCGACAAGUCGUAUGCUAGCAGGCAGAUGUACGUGCUGCACUUGCAGUCCAAGCAUCCGGACUCGCCCGAGUUGCGGUUCCAGUGCGGGAUUUGUCCGAAGCGGUUCUCCUCCGAGAAGAAGACCAAACAGCACGAGGCGGUGCAUCUGCCGAGCGACCAGAAGAUGGUGCAUCCGUGCAACUAUUGUGAUAAAAAGUUCAGCAAGCUGGUCAACGUGCAGGCCCACAUCAAGGCGGUCCACAUCGGCGAGCGGCCGUACGUUUGCGAAGAGUGCGGCAAGGCGUUCGGAACCAAGGGCGCCCUCAAGGAGCACCAAGUCACGCACAGCGACGAGAAGCCGUUCCAGUGCUCGCACUGUCCGAAAAAGUUCAAGAAUCUGCCGCGCCUCAAAACCCACGAGGACAUCCACACCGACACGCUGUACGUGUGCCCCCACUGCGGCCUCCAGCUCAACACCAAGCGAACGCUCAAGAUGCACAUGGUCGUGCACUCGGACCAGAAGAAAUUCAAGUGCCAGUACUGUGGCAACGAGUACAAACGCUCCAAGGCGCUCAAGAACCACCUGAUUCUGCACACCGGCCUCCGACCCUACCAGUGUCCAUUCUGCGAGAAAACCUUCGCCAACGGGUCCAACUGUCGAAGUCACAAGAAGAAGGCCCACCCCAAGGAACUGGCCGCCCUCGAAGCAUCCGGCGGUCAAUCCCGCGCCACCAACAUCCCCAAGCUGAACCAGCUGCAACCGAAGAGCGCGACCACCACCACCGACCAACCCGCAGACCCAGAAGAACCCUCCGCCAUCCCGCUAACCCCCGAAGAGCAGCUGGUCCUAACGCGUGGCGUCCGCCUGGUCACCGCUUACUUCCACUCCACGCCCAGCGAACCACCUCCGCUGAACAUCCUGUCAACGGGGGCGCAGACGACGUCAACCACCGGAAUCAAGUCCGAGGCGGAGUGUCUGUCGGGGGCGGAGGGUGGCGAUGCGGGAGUGGUGAUCGCCCAGGUUGGGGAAUCGAUGCAGGAGCUGGUCGGACUGCCGCCGCUGCAGCUCAUCUCGAGUGGCAAUUUGUGAAGUGGUGGCGGCGACGACGGAAUGCAUGUAAUUGUGGAAUAGCUGUUUUUGGUUGUGUCUGGAAUCUUGUUUUUUUUUGGCGCGGUAGGGAGGUUCGGCUAGCGACGUGAUUUGUAAAUGGGCAUUUGUUUGAAAGUUUUUUUGGAAUUGGCCAC